GAUUAUGUGCCACUGUCUCCAGCCAGCCCUUCUAUAUGAGGACCCCACACGUACGUAUUCAUAUGUCCUGCGGCGAGGUGUGUCUACUACUCUACUCGACCUAUUUGACAACGAAGAGUAUAUGAUCGCCAAAUACGGGGGUUAGGACUUGGGAGCAGAAGAUCGAUCGUGAACUCGUGAUGGAAGAUACACCAGAUCGAGGCAAGAAUCGCGCGCCCUCGGCGCCGGCGGCGACGGCGGCGGCCAGGAACACCAUGCUUCUUCUGGCCGCUGUCCUGUUCGUCGGGUGGAUCCUGAUGUGGGUCAUGCUCUCAACAAGAACUUACAGUUCGUCAUGGGCGCCUAAGCUUGCGAUGCUCACCGACGGCGCCAAGUUUGGAAAACAAGGGCCUAGGAUCAUGAUCUUCGUGCUUCCAGUAGUGAUCCUCUAUGUUGUUGCGUGUGUUUACCUGCAUUUGCUGAAGGGGGGUGACCCUGACGCCCAAAGCCGUAAGAGACGAGUAUUCAGCACGGGAAUGGCAGCCUGGAGGAGACCCGUGCUAGUGGGAGGGCCACUGGGUAUCGUGACAGGCAUAGAACUCGCCUUCUUGCUCAUGUUCCUGGCGCUCCUGGUCUGGUGCUACUACGCCUUCAUCAGCCUCGAAUUCUCCAAAAUCCGCGUCAAGCCAGGCGAGAAACUGUGGCAGGCGGAGAUGCAGAAAGCCGGGAUGCGGCUUGGCACAGUCGGGAGCUUAUGCUGCGUGCUUCUGUUCUUCCCAGUGGCACGCGGCUCGCCGCUCUUGCCGCUCGUCGACCUCUCGUCGGAAUCCAGCAUCAAGUACCAUGUCUGGCUGGGGCACAUCGUUAUGGUCCUCUUCACUGCUCACGGGCUCUGCUACAUCCUUGUCUGGGCAUCGACUGAUCAACUCCACUCCAUGUUGACAUGGGCAAGAACGAGAGUUUCGAUCGUCCCGGGGGAGCUGGCGUUGCUGAGCGGGCUGGCGAUGUGGGCGACGGCGCUGCCGCGCAUCCGGCGCCGGAUGUUCGAGCUCUUCUACUACGCGCACCACCUCUACAUCCCCUUCGUCGUCUUCUUCGCGCUCCACGUCGGCGUCACCACGUUUUGCUACGUCCUGCCCGGCGUCUUCCUCUUCAUGGUCGACCGAUGCCUCCGGUGCCUGCAAUCGCGCAACCGCGUCCGUCUCGUCUCCGCCCGCAUCCUGCCGUCCCAGGACGUCGAGCUCAACUUCUCCAAAAUCCCCAGUUUGAGGUUCGAGCCCACGAGCACGCUCUUCGUCAACGUCCCAUGCGUCUCGCGGCUCCAAUGGCACCCGUUCACGGUGACCUCGAGCGGCAGGUUCGAGCCCGACAGGCUGAGCGUCGUCAUCGGGAGGAGAGGCGACUGGACGCAGAAGCUGUACAAGACGGUCUCGUCCCUUCCCCCGUCGUUCGACGGACGCCUCGACGUCUCCGUCGAGGGGCCAUACAGCCCGGCUACGUCCACGGGCUUCCUGGGGAACGAGCACGACUCGCUGGUGAUGGUCAGCGGCGGCAUCGGCAUCACGCCCUUCAUCUCCAUCAUCCGCGAGCUCGCUUACAUUCAUAUUAGCGGCACGGCGCCUGAUGAAGCUUCCGCAAAAACGCCGAGCAUUCUCCUCGUCUGCGUCUUCAAGACGUCGGCCGAACUGGCCAUGCUGGAGCUCCUCGUCCCGGACUCAGGCGGCAUCUCCGGCCUCGACUUGCGCAUCGAGGCCUUCGUAACGAGAGAACGCGCCGACGAUGAACCGCCGUGUCAAGAGGUGAGGUUCAAGCCGUGUUUGUGGGACGCGCCCGUGGCCUCGGUGCUCGGUCCGAACAGCAGCUGGCUCUGGCAUGCCGUUCUAGUGGCAGCGUCGUUCGCCGUCUUCCUCGCGCUUACCGCCGUGCUGGAGCGCUUCUACGUGUACCCCGUGAACGGGGACGAGGAGCACGCGUACCCGUGGGCGGCCAGAACGAUGCUGAGCCUGCUGUUCCUCUGCGUCAGCAUCGCUGGCGUGGCCGGCGCGGCGUUCCUGUGGAGUAAGCGGAGCAGCGGCAAGGAGGCGAAGGCGGCACAGAGCGUGGACGGGGCGACGCCGGGGAUGUCGCCGGCACCGUUGCUUCGGGGUCGGGGGACAGGCGGCAUGGACAGAGAGCUGGAGAGUUUGCCUACGCGGUCCCUAGAGCAGGUCACCAAUGUGCACUUCGGGCAUCGUCCAGAUCUCAAAAGGAUGUUGCUGGGGAUUGACGGCCAUAAUGUUGGGGUGCUGGCCAGCGGUCCGCCAAGGAUGGUCGAAGACAUCGCGGCUAUCUGCUCGUCUGGACUGAGGAGCAAUCUGCACUUCCAGUCCUUAAGCUUCACCUGGUGAUGUACACAACUCUGCUGCGCGUCCGGGUAAUUUAAACAGACUUGCUCUGGGAAAGUGGCUUCAACGUCUUAACUUUGUACGUCACCAUAGCCUCUGGACUAUUCCUGUCCUGCACUCGUAUGAAAUGUCUACUGCAACAUAUAAACUGGAUCAACUCUCAGGAUGGGCGACGGGGCUUCAUUACUUGUGCGGUUUUUGGUUAGGUUUUCUUAUAAAUGGUGCCGCUAUAUGAGGUUUUUUUCC